CACUUCCAAAUUUGCUUCAAUGUUGGAUAUGAUAUUUAACAAAAGAUCUGCGACAAAAGUUUCAGACCAUGAUAUAACUUAUUAUUAUUUAUAAAUGGAGUCUCUUGUAACAUUCAUUUUGAAGGUUACAAAGAGAGGUCGUAUGUCUAUGUUAAAUUUAUACCUUAAGCUUAGUUUCCACAAAUUCCAAUAGUUUUCUUGAAAACAAUGUUUUAGGUUGUGUGGUUUGUGUUUUUAACUCCAAAAUUAGAUUUUCAUCCAAAGAUAUAACAUCCAUCAGAUUAGAGAUAGAAAGGUUUUUCAACCCAUUACAUUAUCUACUUUUGUUUUUUUAGUUUCUUCCAAAUAUAAGGAAAAUAGAGAAAUCUCUACACUUCUGUUAUUUUCCUUGUAUGAGAGAAAAAAAGAAAGAAGAAGAAGGGAGAGACAAGAAUGUGGCUACCGAAAACAGAUGCGACAAGUAAAGGAAAAAAAAGUGGUUCAGUGGCUGUUGCAAUAGACAAUGACAAAACUAGCAAAAUUGCUCUCAAAUGGACAUUGGAGAAUCUUACUACUCGUGGCCAAACUCUUGCUCUUAUUCAUGUCGCUCCCAAAUCUCAAUCCUCUUCAGGUUACUUUAUAUCCACAUUAAUUAAGGAAUGGUUUUGCUCAAUGUGUUUAAGUUUUUUUACUUUUGUGAGAGUUGCAGACAUUGAAGACGGAACAAUGCAUAUGCAGCACAUGGAUAAGCAAACAAAAGAUCUCUUUGUAUCUUUCCAUUGUUACUGCAGCCGUAAAGAAAUCCAAUGUCUGGAUGUAUUGCUUGAAGACGUAGACAAAGUCAAAGCUAUUGUGGAAUAUGUUACAAUUUCUGCGAUCGAGAAUUUGGUACUUGGUGCUCCUUCAAGAAGUAGCUUUAUGAGAAGAUUCAAAACGGAUUUACCAACGAGUGUUUCAAAGGCAGCUCCAGAUUUCUGCAAUGUUUACGUCAUUUCCAAAGGCAAAGUCUCUUCCUUACGAAGCUCCUCUCGUCCUGCUCCUUACCAUCCAUCAGUUCUCAGCGACUUUGACUUUGAGAAUAAACCUAAAAUAGCUAACACACCGGCAUCUCCUAGGGCACGAAGAUCAGUUGAUAAAAGGUAUGUUAUGUUACAUUACUUAUAUAAUUUUAUAAAGCUUCAAUUACUUAACAGUUUCUUGGUAUUGAUUUUGUGUAAACCAAGGUUUACAAAACCACCACAAGGACAUAUGAAACUAAUUGGAGACUUCUCAGAUUCAGAGUCCGAGUAUUCAUUCAUAAGUGCUUCACAUCAAGGAUCAGAAAACUCCUUUAUCAGCUCGGGGACGCCGAGUAGUGCAGAUAGGUGUUCUUUUUCAUACGAUUUACCAGACUCAGCAAGAACAUCAAGAAUGUCAACGAGCUCAGAGCAGAGCAUAGGGUCACAUAGAUUAGGAAUCAAGUUUACGGAUUUGGGUUUUCUGAAUAACUCUUCUACGGUUUCUGAGGAGAGUGGAAGAACUUCUUGCUCUUACUCAUCUCAGAGCUUGGAUGAUGUCGAAUCUCAGAUGAGGAGACUGCGUUUAGAGCUAAAACAAACCAUGGAUAUGUAUAGCUCAGCUUGUAAAGAAGCUUUAACCGCAAGGCAAGAGGCGACAGAGCUGAAAAAUCUGAGGUCAGAAGAAGAAAGAAGAAUGGAAGAAUUAAAGAUGACGGAGGAGACAGCAAUGUCAAUGGUGGCAAAUGAGAGAGCAAAGGUUAAAACUGCCAUGGAAGCUGCUGAAGCUGCGAACAGGCUUGCGGAAGCAGAAGCAAAGAGAAGACUAAACGCAGAGAUGAAGGUGCUGAAAGAAAGUGAUUCUUUCUCUGGACAGAGCAUCGUUCGAUACAGAAAAUACACUGUUCAUGAAAUCGAAGAAGGAACUGAUAAUUUUGCAGAAUCAAGAAAAGUAGGAGAAGGAGGGUAUGGUCCUGUGUUUAGAGGUCAUCUUGAUCACACAAGUGUUGCUGUUAAGGUGUUACGUCCUGACGCUGCUCAAGGAAGAUCACAGUUUCACAAAGAGGUUGAAGUACUAAGUUGCAUAAGGCAUCCAAACAUGGUGCUUCUUUUAGGAGCAUGUCCAGAAUAUGGCAUCCUCGUCUACGAAUACAUGGCCAGAGGAAGCUUAGAUGACCGUUUGUUCAGACGCGGAAACACGCCUCCCAUUUCUUGGCAACUACGUUUCAGAAUCGCUGCUGAGAUAGCCACAGGUCUCCUCUUCUUACACCAAACCAAACCAGAACCAAUUGUCCACAGAGACUUGAAACCAGGAAACGUCCUCCUCGACCAAAACUACGUCAGCAAGAUCAGCGACGUCGGGCUUGCAAGACUCGUCCCAGCCGUAGCAGAGAACGUGACACACUACCGAGUCACAUCAGCCGCAGGAACGUUCUGUUACAUCGACCCUGAGUAUCAACAAACAGGAAUGUUAGGUGUGAAGUCUGAUGUUUAUUCACUGGGAAUCAUGCUUUUGCAGCUUUUGACUGCUAAACAGCCAAUGGGUUUAGCUUAUUAUGUGGAACAAGCUAUUGAAGAAGGGAAGUUUAAAGAUAUGCUUGAUCCUGAAGUACCGGACUGGCCAUUUGAGGAAGCUUUGUGUCUUGCUAAGUUAUCGUUACAAUGUGCUGAGUUGAGAAGGAAAGAUAGGCCUGAUCUUAGUAAAGAAGUGAUGCCUGAGCUUAAUAGACUUAGAGAGAUGGGUGAAGAGAGUCUUGAGAGUGUGUUUUUUGCUGGUCAUGGACGGAUGUCACAUCCUAGCCAAGUCUCUUAUACAUCGGAAGGUAGGAGUGCUCCUUUUAUAUCAAAUCCAGGAUCUUCUAUAUCAAACUCAUAGUUUCGAGAACAGAGGAGUCUGGUAAGAUAUGACACUCUUGUUACGUAUGAAGUUAUGUCUGAAUCUUGUUGAGAUAAACACUCAUGAGUCAUGAUUGAGAUUUUGAUUUGCAGGAGAAGAAAGCCAAGAACAACGUAUAUAUACAUUCAGGAAAAAAGAAAGAAGCUGAUUGUUUUGAUUUUGUUCCUUGUUAGUUUUUUCCAGUGUUUGUAUUAGCGUAAUUGAGUAUCAGUGACUUCAAUUUUUAUACAGUUCCCAACUAAUUUUCAUCUAAAAUCCUUGGAAGGAACAAAGCAAAUGUAAAACUAAUAGAUGGCAAGCAUAACAGGCAACUUUACAUCCAAAAUUUUGAAACUGGAGAUACAAAAUAUUGUAAAGGAUAGGCUAAUUCAUUAUAGGUGAGCCAAAAAAAAUCCCGAGUGCUACUUUUUAAUCUUAUACUCGAGGAACCUAUGAUGAUGCCAGUAAAUGUUUAAGUAGUCA